AAUUAGAAAAAUCAAAAUUACAUUCUGCCCUUCAACAAUUUUUUGCAACGUGUUAAUAGCACAUGUAGACAUAUGAAACAAAUGUAAAUAUUAUUUAUGCACUCACACAAACUUGUAACCUGCAAUCAAAUUGAGGGUGGUAUAUUUUACGUUAUAAAUUAGUACAUUUUACCAAUCAAUUUGCGGGCACGCUGUUGUCGGCUUCGUACUGCGGGUUUGAGAACUAAAAGUUGUUCAGAUUUAUUUAAAUUGAAAUAUAUGCAAAAUGGAUAGCAUUAUUGGACGCAGUCAGUUUGUUUCAGAGACAGCGAAUUUGUUUACAGACGAAAGGACAGCCACUGCACGAGCCAAGGUGGUCGAAUGGUGCAAUGAAUUUGCUACGGCAGAUGCAUCAUUGAAAUGCGAACUCCUUGUUAAAGUGCAGGAAAUUGUACUGGGCUCAUGCAUUGAACUGGCCGAAGAGUUUCUGGAGUCGGUGCUCUCGCUUGCCCACGAUCAAAAUCAGGAGGUACGCAAGCAAGUUGUCUCGUUUGUUGAGCAGAUUUGUAAAGUCAAAGUUGAGCUGUUGCCCUAUGUGAUCAAUGUGAUUUCCAUGCUGUUGCGCGACAGCUCAGCCCAAGUCAUCAAACGUGUGAUCCAGGCAUGUGGCAGCAUUUACAGGAACGGAUUGCAAUAUUUAUGCAGUCUAACGGAUGCCACGGAUAGCGCCGAGCAAGCCUGGAGCGUGCUCAGCUUGAUAAAGGCACAAAUACUGGACAUGAUCGACAAUGAGAACGAUGGCAUUCGCACAAAUGCUAUCAAAUUUCUUGAGGGCAUUAUUAUACUGCAGAGUUAUGCGGACGAGGACAGUAUGAAGCGAGAGGGUGACUUCUCGCUGACGGACAUACCAGAGCAUUGCAAGCUGAUCAGACGCCAAAAACUGCAGGACGAAGGCACCAAUAUUUUUGAUAUAAUGCUGCAAUUUCAUGGCACCACACACAUCUCAUCUGUGAAUCUAAUUGCCUGCACAAGUAGUUUGUGCACUGUGGCGAAAAUGCGUCCCAUCUUCAUGGGCUCUGUAGUUGAAGCUUUUCGGCAUUUGAACAACAAUCUGCCGCCAACUUUAACCGAUUCACAAGUGAGUUCCGUGCGCAAGAGUUUGCGAAUGCAGCUGCAAACACUAUUGAAACUGCGUGGUUCGUUUGAAUUCGCUGGUACCAUACGCAACAUCUUGAUGGAUCUGGGCGCCAGUGCCAAUGAAAUACAAAAACUUGUGCCCAAAAUGGACAAGCAGGAAAUGGCACGUCGCCAAAAGCGCAUUCUGGAAAAUGCAGCACAAAGUUUGGCUAAGAAGGCACGUUUAGUAGAACAGGAGCAAUCACAACAGCAGCAGCCACGUGAAAUGGAACUGGAUGAGGAGGAGUUGGAGCGGCAGCGUCAGAAGAGCACACGUGUUAAUGAAAAGUUUCUCACUGAACAUUUGCGUGCCACAGAGACUGUGAUUAAUCUAGUUGUGGAGUUUCUACCCAACUUACCGGAAGUUGCAACGGAAAAGUUCUUGACCGAGUAUACGCCCAUCAAGCAAUUGUCACUUCCACAGCAAGUGAGCAAUAUUGCGCGACAAUUUGGCCAACAAUUGACUGAAUUGCGACUUGGUCCGGGCUCUGCUGCUUUCAGUAAGGAACCGCCCAUGAGACCCAAGACUGUUUCACAAACUGCUGUUCCAGAAACAUCCCCAGUGGCCAUGGAAGUGGAUUCACCUGAUAAGUUAAGUGAACAAGAGCUGCAGCGUAAGGAAGAGGCCACAAAAAAGCUGCGCGAGACUAUGGAGCGCUCCAAGGGCGAGCAGACAGUCAUUGAGCGCAUGAAAGAGCGUGCAAAGACGCUUAAGCUCCAAGAGAUCACCAAACCUCUGGCACGAAAUCUCAAAGAGAAGUUUCUAUUGGAAGCAGUCAUGCGUAUUCUCAACUCGGAGCGUCAGUGCAUCAUGGGUGGAGUAGCAGCGAAGAGACGCAAGCUGGUCACCGUCAUUGCAGCAACAUUUCCAGACAAUGUACGUUAUGGUAUACUGGAGUUUAUCUUGGAGGAUGUUAAGCAACGCAUAGAUCUGGCCUUCUCCUGGUUAUUUGAGGAAUACUCUCUGUUGCAAGGUUUCACCCGUCAUACGUAUGUGAAGACAGAGAAUCGUCCGGAUCAUGCGUACAAUGAGCUCUUGAAUAAACUCAUUAAUGGCAUCAGUCAGCGGUGUGAUUAUAAGGAGAAAAUCAUUUUGUUGCGUCGAGUUUAUCUUGAGGCUCCAAUUCUGCCCGAGGAUGCUAUUGCUCAAUUGGUGCAGUUAUGCCUGAUUGAAGAGUUUAUGCCACAUGGCUUAGAGUUGGUCAAGGAUCUGGCUGUAUUGCGUCCACCUCGGAAAACUCGUUUUGUACGCAUACUCCUCAAUUAUGCUGUACAUGAACGCGCCGAUCUGCGGGAACGUGCUUUGGCUCACUUGGUUACCAUCUAUCAUGUUCACAAAAUUGCGCCGGCGCGCAUUGAUGAGUUUGCCUUGGAGUGGCUUGAGUUUGUAAUUGCAGAAACUCCCCCGAAGAAUAUAUUCUCGGCAGAUUAUGGACGACCAACGCCGGAGGCAGCUUGGAAAGAAGACACCGCAAAGGUCUGUUUGUUGCUAGCGCUCACACUUCUGCCCUAUAAGCCAGAAGUUUAUCUCGAUAAGAUUUGCAAGGUGUUUUUGGAGACCUCGGCAGAACUGAAACGCACAAUUUUACGUAGUUUAGAUGCUCCCAUUAAGAAACUUGGUGUGGAAAAUCCUGAACUGUUGAAAUUGCUGGAGAGCUGUCCAAAGGGCUUGGAAACGCUGGUUAUACGCAUCAUUUACAUUUUGACUGAACGUGUGCCCACAUUGAAUCCAGAUUUGGUGCGACGCGUGCGCGAACUUUACCAAAACAAAGUCAAGGAUGUACGCGUACUUAUUCCCAUUUUGAGUGGAUUGUCACGUGCCGAAUUGAUCGCUGUGCUGCCCAAACUAAUCAAACUGAAUCAGGCUGUGGUUAAAGAGGUGUUCAAUCGCCUGCUUGGUAUUGGUGCUGAGUUCGCACAUCAGCAGAUGGCGUUGACACCAACGGAUUUGCUUGUGGCCUUGCACACCAUUGAUACAAAUGUGUGCGACCUGAAGGCAAUUGUUAAGGCAACCUCGUUGUGUUUGGCUGAACGUGAGGUCUAUACUCAGGAAGUUCUAAUGGCUGUCCUCCAGCAGUUGGUUGAAAUACUACCCAUUCCGACUUUGAUGAUGCGCACCACCAUUCAGAGUUUAACGCUAUGUCCACGUCUUUCUAACUUUGUGCUGAAUCUGCUACAACGUCUGAUACUAAAACAGGUGUGGCGUCAAAAGGUUAUAUGGGAGGGCUUCCUAAAGACGGUGCAACGACUCAAACCACAAUCGUUACCCGUUAUGUUGCAAUUACCUGCACCGCAACUAUCAGACGCACUUCAGCAGUGUCCGGAUCUUAGGCCCCAACUGCUGGAGUAUGCAGAAAGCAUACAGGAUGAACCAAUGAGUGGCAUCACUCAGCAAGUACUGGACAUUAUUAGCGGCAAGACCGUGGAUGUCUUUGUGACGGAUGAAAGCGGUGGCUACAUCAACCCUGACAACAUCAAGAAAGAGUUGGUAGAUCCUUCGGAUAUAGGCAUUAUUUCGACGGUACCAGUCCUAACAUCCCUGCCAGCUGCAAAUCCAAUACCUGUACCAACUCCGCAGCCAGUACCUGCUCCUGGGCAAAGCGAGUUAAAUCAACCACUGCCACCUGGCGAGGAUUAGUCUAAUAUUAGUUUAGUUGAUUUUGUUAACUUUACGGAUUUUACUAAACCCGCUGAAGUUUUAAAAA